GUGUGUGACGCUAUAUCAUUGUGUUAUUCCUCCAUGUCCAGUGAAGAUGUUGCCACAUCAUCCUUAUUUCCCAUUCCUACGAGUUGGUGUUACACUUAUAUCUUAGUGUAACGGGGUGUUCUGCCCUGCUUACUAAUGGACACGGAAACUGGGGGUGCAAUGGGGCUCAAUCAUGGCCAAAGAGAAGUCACCAUGUGUCGCAAUCUGUCAAAAUAUGCACUCAUCUUCCUGUUCAUAGCGCUGUCUGGUCUAAUUUUUCUACUCCGUAACAUUCAUACUGUCGAGAACUGGAACUGCCACACCAUCUCCGCUCUCUAUCAGCUGCAGAGCCGAAUCCAGACAUCUUUCAACCCAGAGUCUUUGACCACAUUCUAUCACAACCGCACCUUCUGCUCCCACCUGGGGCAGAGGCCGUCCCCUGAAGAUGAGCUGGAAGAGCACUAUCUUCUGAACUCUAUCUCCUGGCCUGAGCACUCCCAUCAGCCUGGGUCCUUCUCUCUGCGUUUCACCACUGACCCUGUCCAGAGCCUCUUUGCCAUACUGCCCCCUAAAACAGGACGGGAGUGGCAUGUGGGGGACCAGCUGGAGAUCCUGGUCCAAGUGUAUGACUUCCAGGGACAACCCAAGCACUACGGGGGAGAUUUUAUUUUGGCUAGACUUCACUCUCCAGAGCUUGGAGCAGCAGUAACGGGAACAGUGUUGGACCACAAGAAUGGUUUUUAUUCAGCCCUGUUUUCACUCCUCUGGACUGGCACUGCGCAGGUUGAAGUAACACUGGUCCAUCCGAGUGAGGCCAUUUCCGUGCUGAAGCGACUAAGAGAGGAGCGUUCUGACAGAGUGUUUUUUAAAAGCUUAUUUCGCCUUGGAUUUCUGUCUGAGACCACUUUGUGCAACCUGUGCCUGCCCCCUGACCAGCAGCCUCUGUGUAACUACACUGACCUACACACUGGAGAGCCCUGGUACUGCUACAAGCCCAAAAUGCUCAACUGUGACUCCCGCGUCAACCAUGCCAAGGGGGGCUACGUGAAGCAUAUCAUCACUAAUAAUGAGGCACUGCUAUUCCAGAGUGGAGUUAAUCUCAAAGUUCACAUUCAUGCUUCAGGCCCAGACAAAAUCAAUGUCCUGCCUCCACUCAAAGACAAAACUGUGAUUGAAAGUGACACUCUAAAUCCAGAGCCAACAACAACAGGCCCUUCUGGUUAUUACUAUGACGACAACUGGAAGCCACUAAAUGGGUUUAAAAUAAGAGAAUUCAAUGAUUCCACCGUCGCCACUCAGUGUCUGACGAACAAAAUGAUCUACUUGUACGGGGACUCAACAGUACGCCAGUAUUUUGAAUACCUAAUUGCUUUAGUACCAGAUUUAAAGGAGUUCAACCUCAACAGUCCUAAGAAUGUAGGACCUUUCAUGGCAGUGGACAGUGACCAUAACAUUCUGCUGAAGUAUCGGUGUCACGGCCCUCCCAUCCGCUUCUCCACAGUGUUGUCCAGUGAGUUACGGUACAUUUCCAACGAGCUGGACGGGCUCUCGGGAGGCCCCAACACAGUGGUGGUCUUGAGUAUCUGGGCGCACUUUAGCACGUUCCCUGUGGAGGUCUACAUCAGGCGUCUGCGUCACAUCCGGGGGGCCGUGCUCAGACUUAUGGACCGGGCCCCUGGGACGAUGGUGGUAGUCCGGACUGCUAAUCUUCAAGCACUGGACCAGGAGGUGAGCCUGUACAACAGUGACUGGUUCUCUGUGCAGCUGGACCAAGUGCUCAGAGCCAUGUUUAAGGGUAUGAACGUGCACGUGAUCGAUGCCUGGCAGAUGACACAGGCUCACCCACUGCCUCAUGCACUCCACCCUCCUCCUGCUAUUGUGAAAAACAUGAUAAACAUGCUUUUGUCUUACAUCUGCCCUGAAAAGAAAAGCCAUAUGACAUAGACUUAAUGGUCUUAAUACACUGCUAUUUUACUGUAAAACACUU